UCCACAUUCUGGCACAACACCAGGUCACAAUGACCCCCCGUUACGGCACAGCAACCAGACUGUCACUGUGAAAUGCAGGAGCGUUCAUCGCCAACGGGCUUCCACGCUGAUUCGUGUUCCGACUAUUUAUCCGCCUAACUGAUGCGAGCUGGAUCGAUGUUCAGCUCCGUCACAACGGCGUUGGAGAUCAGCCAGGCUGGCGCACCUAACGAAACAGAUGAAAGCGACACAGAGGACUGAGAUGCAUCAUGAAGAAGUAUUACGAAAACCAAAUAUUCCAGUAUGGUACACGAAGCGCUACCAGCUGGCUCUCCUGUACAGUAUGGGGUUCGCUGUCCAGGGUCUGCUGAUGUACAACCUGAGUAUAUCCAUAGUGUGCAUGGUUGAUCACCAAUACAUAUCUGGUCCUGCUGGAACUAAUGACGCCAAUGUGAGUUCCGAAAUCAACAUAAGUUUCACCAUGCCACACGAAUGCAGCGGUGAACACAACACAACUACCUCGAGAGAGUGCGGACAGAGAGGUGAGUUCACGUGGUCCAAACAAGUCCAAGGUCUUCUUCUCGGAGCUAUGUUCUGGGGCUAUACGAUAGGUCAGCUGUUCGCUGGCUGGUUGAGCCAGAGGUUCGGGGCCCGGAUGGUGAUUGGGCUCGGUGUAGGCGCCUCUGCUCUCCUCACACUCCUCAGCCCGAUGGCUGCUAGGAUAAACCCCUACCUAUUCCUGUCUACGAGGCUUCUGUUUGGUAUAAGUCUGGCAGUGAUUUAUCCAAGCAUGGCAACUUUCUGGUCAAAGUGGGCACCGCCAAAUGAAUACAGUAGUAUUGUCUCAGUCUGCAUAUCAGGGAGCACCAUUGGCAAUGCUGUUGUUUACCCCAUUGGUGGAGUUCUGUGCGGAGAUGACUUCAGUCUCGGUUGGCCGUUCAUUUUUUACACAACAGGUGGUAUUGCGGCUCUAUGGACACUGUUGUGGAUUCUGCUUGCCCGCAAUCAGCCUUCACAAGUGCCAUCUAUAUCUACAGAAGAGAAAUCUUAUAUCGAAGCCAGCCUUCGCCACAGGGUGCAGAUGAGCAGAGUACGUCGUAUCCCGUGGCGAAGUAUGUUCACGUCCCGUCCCGUUUAUGCACUCAUGGCCGACAACUUCCUCACCAACUACGGUCUGUAUAUGCUGCUCACACAGAUGCCCACGUACUUCAACGAUGUCCAUAGACUCGACUUCAGCUCGAAUGGCGCCUACUCCAUGGUGCCUGUUGUUUGCAUGGGUAUAGCCACGUUUGUGUGCGGCUUCCUGGCGGAUCUGCUCAUAUCUAGGAAACUGUGUUCCGUCGGGGUUACACGGAAGAUCACCAUUACCCUCGGUACAUUGCUUCCUGGUAUCUGCAUGGUCAUCCUGGCGCAGGCGGAACAUGGCCAGCAUCUGUUCGCUGUCUCGAUGCUGUGUCUUGCUGUGGGGUUUGUUGGCUUCGGGAUGUGUGGAUUCAGCACAAACUAUGUGGACAUCGCUGGCCAGUUCGCCGGUAUCCUGUCUGGUAUAGGAAACGCCAUCGGCUCUCUACCAGGGGUGUUGGCUCCAUACGUCGUGUCAAGGCUAACGCCUAAUGGCACCCGCUCCGAGUGGCAACUGGUCUUCUAUGUAACUGCUGGGAUCGCUUCGCUGGCGACAGUCAUAUACAUUCCGUUUGGAUCAGGUGAGCUUCAGCCGUGGGCACAACCCAAAGAUGUGGAGCAAACAGUGUUCAUUGAAAAACCAACUCUAAAAGACGAGGUUCCUGUUAUAAAUGGUAGUCAAAAAGACGCAGAAGAAAUAAUUUCAAAUAAAAAAUAACAUUUCA